AUGAAGCAAGUAGCCAUCCAUGCCAAAGCAAAGCAUUUUAAUUCCAAAGGAGCACUUUCGGCAUCCCCCUGCCCGACGACGCCCAUGGGUCAAGCCCCGGCGCCAACCUAUGAUCGCUUUUCGCCUCACCAAACUACAAACCAAGUCCCCUACCGAACGGCACCCGUUGUGUCCGAAACAACUUCAAAAGUCCGAAGAAUGCUCGACUAG